GCUGCGCAGCACUGGGACCCGCACCCGCGUCGCAGCCCGGCCAGCCUGCUCCGCGCUCGCCUGCCCGUCUGCCCGCCGGCCCCGCGCACCCUUGCCGCCGCCGGUCUGCGCCCAGCCACCCCACGGGCACCAUGCACCUCUCCCAGCUGCUGGCCUGCGCCCUGCUGCUCGCGCUACUCUCGCUCCGGCCCUCCGAAGCCAAGCCCGGGGCGCCGCCGAAGGUCCCGCGCACCCCGCCAGGGGAGGAGGUGGCCGAGCCCCAGGCUGCGGGCGGAGGUCAGAGGAAGGGCGACAGGACUCCCGGGGGCAGCGGCGCCAAUGUCAAGGGCGACCGGUCGCGACUGCUCCGGGACCUGCGCGUGGACACCAAGUCUCGGGCGGCGUGGGCCCGUCUUCUGCAAGAGCACCCCAACGCGCGCAAAUACAAGGGAGGCAACAAGAAGGGUUUGUCCAAGGGCUGCUUCGGCCUCAAGCUGGACAGGAUCGGCUCCAUGAGCGGCCUGGGAUGUUAGUGCGGCGACCCCUGGCGGCGGAUUGGGAACUUACUGCGUUUUGCUGAGGUCAUCCUGGGUCAUCAGCCCUCCCAGCAUCUGGAAGCACCUCCAGCGCCAUGUGGCUUUUACAUUUCUUUUUUCUUUUUUUUUUCCUGGUACUGGGAAUACACAACACCAGCUGUUUUAUUAUUAUUUAGGGAGGGGGGGUAUGACUUUAUUGUUUGUUUUUUUUAAUGAAAAAUAAAAAGUUAUAUAUUAUAUAUAUUAUAUACACAAAACACACACACCUACACCAACGUGUUGACAAGGGACAGUUUUUAAGAGACUGACAAAACCAGCUGUAAAACAUUGCUGUUUGUAAAUUCAUGUCAUGCAUAAAUGUAUUUAUGUUGUAAAGCUAUUUAUAUUGUUUAUAAAGAGAUAUUUAUAAAAAUUUUAUUUAUGUAACUAAAUGAAAGAAGUCAAUCAUUGUAAUGUUUUUGUCUUAACCAGUUGAAAAAUGUAAAAAAAA